UACUUUUUUUUUUUUUAAGAAAAAAACUUAAUUCCAAUAAUUAAAUUAAAAUUGAUUUAACUCAAUUUUACAGUUUAAUAUAGCCUGCGCUGUAGCAAAUUCAUUUUACCUUCGUCCGACCUAAAUUAAAAGCUGUUUUCAUGCAGCGUUGAAGUUCUUUACUACAAUGAAAACAAUGCGGCUUAGACUAUCUUGGAAACUUUCGGAUGUUCUUGGCCUGGCUCUAUUGGGCAUGUUAAUUCAGUCGAUUGACUCUACACCUUCCGAUAAGGUGGAAAAGCCCCUGCUAAACAAACUGCAUCUGCUGAAGGUGCACAGACAGCUUCUGGACAAUUUGAAUCAAUAUGCCGAUAAACUAGAGGAGAAGGUAGAUACAAUGAGAAGGCUAGUCCUGCAACUCGAAAGUCCUUUGCUGCUGGCCAAGGACCCGGAGACGGAGUUUCUCUUCAAUCCUCUACACAGUUAUUCGCUCAUACGGCAAAUGCACUUCGACUGGCCACAAGUGGAGAAGCUCAUGGAGCAGAGAGCGGGUUUGGAGCAAAUUGAUUUUCUCAAGCAAAUGCGCGAUAAGCUGCCUCAACUUGAGGAUGUCAAAGAGGCAGUGGCUGCUAUUUACCGGGUGCAGCAAAUCUACCAGCUCAAGCCAACGGAUAUAGCUAACGGCUUGCUCGAUGGAGCUUAUGUGAAUUCACAGCUCUCGAUCUCUGACUGCUUUGAGAUGGGAGCGAACUUGUUCGAGGCAUCGCAGUUCACAGAUGCAGCUGAUUGGCUACAUCUGGCUAGAGACUUGUGGGAUCAGUCCCCGAUUGCACCCUUUGAAUUGUUAACCGUCCCACGUACUGAUAUAUCCUCACUCUUGGCGAAAUCCAUGAUGGCAGCAGGUGACGAGGAACUAUCACGAGCUGCUCUCUUAGAGGAGCCCAGCUUGAGGGAUCAGGUAGAGCAGUUUCUGUUGGAUUAUCGAAACUAUAAUGUUACCAAUAUUGAAGACCAUCCUUACUUAGACAUAAUGGACAAAGAAUUUAUUGAGUUUUGUGGGUCGUCUUAUAUGCCCCAACCGACUCGACUUGUGUGUUCUUAUAAGACGAAACCCUCAAAGUUUUUGUAUCUAGCUCCAUUUAAAAUGGAACUGUUAUCCGAGGACCCUUACAUGGUUGUAUUUCACGAUGUGAUCUACGAAUCGGAGAUAGAACAUCUGAACCGUAUAUCUAAGCCAUUCUUGCAACGCGCCACAGUUGUUGUCGAAGAUAAUUCAGAAGACACGUUAAUAAAGUUUCGAACUGCCAAUGGCGCUUUCCUAUAUAGAGACAAAAUAUCGCCAAAGGAUGUUCAAUUGGUGGAGCGCAUAUUCCAGAGGAUGAGAGAUAUGUCUGACUUACAGAUAAACGAUGACGCCUUUGAAUAUCUGAAAUAUGACUUUGGGGGUCACUACGAUAUACACGCGGACUAUUUUAAUUACACCGAUGAUCAGUUCACUGACGAUCGCUUUGCCACCUUUGUAAUUUAUCUCAAUGAUGUGGCUCGGGGUGGUGCUACAGUCUUUCCCGACGUGGAAAUAGCGGUUCAUCCGGAGAGGGGCAAAGUGAUCCACUGGUACAACAUGAAUCCCAAAUCAUUCGACUAUGAGCUCCACUCUUAUCACGGCGCUUGCCCCGUUCUGAUCGGCCAAAAGAUUGCUCUAGCCUACUGGAUCCACGAGCAAGAUCAAAUAUUAAGAUUUUCACAGUUUAACCUAACCCAAGGCAUAGCAAAUUUAUUUUACCUUCCUCCGACCAAAACUAAAAACAGUUUAUCAGCAGCAUUGCAGUUCUUUACUACAAUGAAAACAAUGCGGCUUAGACUAUCUUGGAAACUUUCGGAUGUUCUUGGCCUGGCUCUAUUGGGCAUGUUAAUUCAGUCGAUUGACUCUACACCUUCCGAUAAGGUGGAAAAGCCUCUGCUAAACAAACUGCAUCUGCUGAAGGUGCACAGACAGCUCCUGGACAAUUUGAAUCAAUAUGCCGAUAAACUAGAGGAGAAGGUAGAUACAAUGAGAAGGCUAGUCCUGCAACUCGAAAGUCCUUUGCUGCUGGCCAAGGACCCGGAGACGGAGUUUCUCUUCAAUCCUCUACACAGUUAUUCGCUCAUACGGCAAAUGCACUUCGACUGGCCACAAGUGGAGAAGCUCAUGGAGCAGAGAGCGGGUUUGGAGCAAAUUGAUUUUCUCAAGCAAAUGCGCGAUAAGCUGCCUCAACUUGAGGGUGUCAAAGAGGCAGUGGCUGCUAUUCACAGGGUGCAGCAAAUCUACAAGCUCAAGCCAGCGGAUAUAGCUCACGGUUUGCUCGAUGGAGCUUACGUGAAUUCACAGCUUUCGAUCUCUGACUGCUUUGAGAUGGGAGCGAACCUGUUCGAGGCAUCACAGUUCACAGAUGCUGCAAAUUGGCUACAUCUCGCUAUAUACUUGUGGGAUCAGUCCCCGAUUGCACCCUUUGAAUUGUUAACCGUCCCACGUACUCAAAUAUCCUCACUCUUGGCGAGAUCCAUAAUGGCAGCAGGUAACAACAAGCUAGCGCGAGCUGAAGAAGGUUUUCAUCGCAACUAUACGAUUACCAAAAUUGAAGACCAUCCUUACUUAGACAUAAUGGAGAAUGACUUUAUUAAGUUUUGUGGGUCGUCCUAUAUGCCCCAACCGACUCGACUUGUGUGUUCGUAUAAGACGAAACCCUCAAAGUUUUUGUAUCUAGCCCCAUUCAAAAUGGAACUGUUAUCCGAGGAUCCUUACAUUGUCGUCUUUCACGAUGUGAUCUACGACUCGGAGAUAAAGCAUCUGAGAAAUACGGCUGAGCCCUUGUUGCAUCGCUCCUAUGUUAAGAAAAGCAACAAUGAAAGUGUUGUAUCAAAAGUUCGAACUGCAAAAGGCGCUUUUAUGCAUGCAGAUCGCUUAUCCCCGGAGAGUGCUCAAGUGGUACAACGUCUAAAGCAGAGGAUGGGCGAUCUAUCGGAUCUAAAUAUAAAGAGGGAGGGCUAUAACGAGAUGCAGUAUCUUAACUAUGACUUUGGGGAUCAUUAUCUCCUCCAUAUGGACUAUUUUAAUAUCUCCAUGAACGACCGCAUUGCCACCUUUUUAAUUUAUCUCAAUGAUGUGACUCGGGGUGGUGGCACAAUCUUUCCCCAAGUUAAACAAGCGGUUCAUCCGGAGAAGGGCAAAUUGAUCUUGUGGUACAAUAUGAAUUCAAAUCUCGAUUAUGAGCUAGCUAGUCUUCAUGGUGCUUGUCCCGUUCUGAUUGGGCGAAAAAUUGCCAUCGUCUACUGGAUCCGCGAACACGAUCAAAUGUUUGUAAAGCCUUGCUUGAAUCCGCCGCAAAAUCGCCUUACAGAAGCGACAGAGAGAGAUGGAGUAUGAGAGAGAGAGAGAGAGAGAGAGGCAGAAGGAGAAGGAGAAGGAGAAGAAGGAAAUAAAAGGAAGAUAGAUAUUACUAGUUUGAUAUUCCAUUCAAAAGGCUUACAGAAAUAAGCAAUAAGAAUAACAUUGAAGGACAUAACUUGAAAGGAUAUGAGAUAAGGCAUCGCAAAAAAAAAAACACACACACACACAAAUAGAAAUGGUUGAUGUCGGCCUUGCCGCCACGUUUAUCGAAAUGGGAAAACGUAGUUUCGCAAGAUUUACUUUCUCUUCUUUCUUUUGGUGCGCUUGCACUCAGCUCAUUGCACCAUUAAGUGGGCAAUUAAAUUCAAUUAGCCCCGCACACACUCAACUCCUGGCAGACCAUUUAUCAGACUCGUGCUAUUGCGCCCGCUCCUGCUCCUGCUCCUGCUCCUGCUCCUUGUUUCCUCGGGCGUUCCUAAUAAUUUCAUAGAUUUAUCGUUCGACUGGCAUUUUGACUUUUGCCAACAAAGUUUUCGGAUCUGCAAAGUUCUUGAGUUCGAUUUCAAUUUUGAUUAGGAUUUUAAUUUCAAUUUGUAUUGAUUGCAAUAAAACUACCUGGAUAAUAGUUAAA